GACAGCAACAGCAGUCUCAGUGCGGAAUUAUUGUUAGAUAACCGACUCAACAAGGGUUUACACCGAAAUGGGAAAAGAAGUCUCAGUCACCUUGUAAGAUGUUUCCUCGCCACAGAGAAAGGGACCAGCCGAUCUUCAGUGCCCGGGCCCAUGUUUUCCAGAUCGACCCUGCCACCAAGAGGAACUGGAUCCCUGCCAGCAAGCAUGCCGUCACGGUGUCCUUCUUCUAUGAUGCCAACCGUAAUGUCUACCGCAUCAUCAGCGUGGGUGGGACCAAGGCAAUUAUCAAUUGCACCGUUACACCCAGCAUGACGUUCACCAAGACGUCCCAGAAGUUCGGUCAGUGGGCGGACAGCAGGGCCAACACUGUCUAUGGUCUGGGUUUCGCUACAGAGCAACAGCUGCACCAGUUCUCAGAGAAGUUUAAGGAGGUGAAAGAUGCAGCUCGUCUGGCACGAGAAAAGUCGCAGGAUAAAGAACUGGCCAACACAGCACUUACCAUCGCUGCUCCUCAGGACCUUUCCGAUGAACUCCAGUCUCCACCUGUGAUGUGCGUGAAUGGGCCGGAGGACAAGCUGUUCCGCAGCCAGAGCGCAGACAUCACUCUAUCGUCUGAGAAGGAGCGUAUUAAAAAGAUGCUCUCUGAAGGGUCUAUUUGUGAGAUGAACCUGGAAGCUGAGCUCUUCACUCUGCAGGACAGCAACUCCAAGUUGGUGGCAGCUUUGCACGAGGCUAAUGCUAAUGUGGAGCAGUGGAAGAAACAGCUGGCGGCGUAUCAGGAGGAGACCGAGAGGCUGCGAGAACAGGUGGCUGAACUGGAGGCCCAUGGAGGCCAAGGCCCCAGCGACCUGCUGAAGGAUGAGCUUACCCAGUCUCUGGAGGAACUUGAGGCCCUGCUGAAGGCAAAAGAUGAGGAAAUCCACAUUUUGCAAAGCAAGAAAGCAGAGUACCACGAAAUGGAACAUGACAGGGAUGAGGCCAUACACAGAUUACGGGAGAUGGAGAUGCGUAAUUCAGAGUUGGAGCGGCGCGUCCAGAACACAGAGCAGAACCUGAGUAACUCUCUGGAGGAACGGGAUCGCAUGGACACUGAGAUCCAGAGGGCCAUCGAAAGUCUGGACAUCAAGAUCUUUGACCUCAAUGACCUCCGCCAGAGCCUGGUUAAACUCAUUGACAAAUAAGAGGGAAAACCACAAUCCAUGAGAGAGCUGGAACAAAAGACAGGGUCCGUGGCCACGGCGGCAAGGAGUAAGCAAAACAAGAUGGAGCUGGUCCCUGUCCUCUUCAAGCACAAGAACCACCACGGCUGCAGGAAGGUUACUCCAUGUCUGCGUUGCAGCAGUGGCUCUGCUGUACUCAACAACAUACUGUCGGUGUUGGCCUAAGCAGCAGCAUAUACAUGGUAUUGCUUGUCCAGUCUAAUGUAACGCUUCAUGUUGCUUUCAAAGGUUACAUUCAAUGCAAUAAACCAACUUUAAGGUAAGUGCUUAACAGUGCUAAACAUUUAAUAUCGAGAACUGGUGCUUGUAGUUUUUCAUACGUAUGACUUUUGUAUUAAAAAACGGCGAUGCAGUGUCAAUAUGAACGAUAAGAGGCCUUGUUUUUUUCAAUUGACAGGUGAAAUUUAAACAUCUUUACAACAAAAUGAGUCCAUGCAUAUAGGGAAAGGGACAUUGUAUUCAAUGGAGUGGUGAAUGGAAGUGAAUGGAAAUAAAAGAGCGCACAAGACAAAAUUACAUUGAAGAGAUUUGCCUAUUUAACAACGUGCAUAUAACAUAAUUAUUACUGAAUCAACAGUCAACAAAAGUUGUGUACGGUCUUGUAGUUGUAGCUGUAAAGUGAAAGACAGAGUGGUUCUAGGUGGUGCAUUCCACAGGAAUAAGCAAUGACAUAUAUUCACGGUCAGUGAAAUAUUAUGCUAAUAGUGUUUGAUAUUGGGGUGAAGCAUUGACACACAACUUGAACUUAAAUGGUAGAUCCGAAUAUUGACACCAAAGAUCAAAUGUUAAGAGCAGAGUCAUUGAUAAGGUUUUUCAGCAGCUCGUCUAUUACCACAUCUUCAUUUAGGCUCGUAAGGAACCUUUAAAUCUAAAAUAAGUUACAGUAACUCUUAAGCACAUGUUAGUAGAUAGGAUAUAUUCUGCAAUCAAAUUUAGGAAAAAGUGUUUUCAGAAUGAUAUAAAUCAAUAAUGCUAAAGUAAUUAAUGAAUAACCAUAAGAAAUAAAAGUCAUCUCUUAGUCUCACAGAUAAGUUUUGGACUGGCCCAGUCUAAAUAAUCGUCCUGUGCAUCAUCUCUUAACACACUGCUAAUUUAGCAACUUAUUAAUGAUCGCUGCACAUCUUAAUAAACGUGUCGCUCUGAUUGGUGUGACGCAUUCAAGGAAAUUUAAGAGAUUUUUUUCUGCCUUCUGUCGUUUUUCAGCACGUUAACUUUAGCUGUGGACAAUACUUGUAUGCCAUAGGCCUUGAGAGUGUUGCUGCGCUGUAUGAAAGCAGAAAAACAGAAUGUCUAGUUCACAUUUUUUUUAAUCACACAGACUGUAUUGUUUAACAUGGUCUAUAAUGCUGUUUGUAUUCAUUUUUUUUUUUUUUUCAAGCCUUACUGUUCUAUUUUAUGGAUGAUUGUGGAAAGUCAUGCCAGCUCUAUGUCUCAAACUUUGAGCUGUUGCCAUGACAGUUUGGAAAUAAAAGCAAAGAAUACAGUCACUCAGUCA